AUGUCCUCUCAGAGGGUAAAGAACAUUUUACAGCAGGUAGCCGACCUCACUCCAAACGAGCUAGCGCAAUUGCUAAAGGGCAUUUGCAACAGUAAAAACAAAGACCGGCUGCCAAAGGCGUUUCAGUCCGUCGAGGUCAACGAAGCCAUCGCGACCUCAGUCCGUGAAUACCUAGACUGUACUCGGCGGACCGGUCAAGCAGUAAUGAAAGGGCGGCUUGUUUCCGCUGUGAAUAAGCGCUUAGGCUUAAAACAAACCGUAGUUAGACUGCACGCCCGCCGUCACGAGGAAGUCAUCAGUGGGUCACACACACAGCCAUAUGAACCCUACCGGCUGGUACAACGCUGUGACCGUACCAGCGAGGAAACUUUGCAUUUUGUUAGAAAUUUCUGGUUGGCGAACAGCGAGGCCAGCCCACGGGCCGACGACUACGUGAGGGUAACAGUGCCCGGCGGCAUCACAUCUGUGCGGUCAUACCUGCCGCGCAAGUUCGUCCAGCGGAGCUACAAGCAGCUGUACUUGCAGUAUGUCAGGUCACUGAAGUACGACGACCCUAAACCUGUGUCAUACGGUGUUUUCUGGGGUGCAAAUCCGCAGUGGAUUAAGCCCUUCAAGUAUGACACCUUGGCAGAGAUUGAGACAGAUGGCACUGACGGAGGAGAGUCGGGCCUUAAUGAAAGUAUUGCCGACCCAAUCAUUACCAUACGACGAAUUUGCAACGGGAAUGACGGUCAAAACAAGCAGCUAUGGACAGAGCUCCAGCGCCGCUUACCAGAGGCCGUUGUGUGGCUGGUCAGAGACUUCCCCGGUUAUGCAGCACACCGAGCCACAAAGGAAUGGCAGCGUGAAAGGUGGCACGAUGCAAGUUACCCACUGGAGCAGUUGCCACACGAACUGGUUACCAGUGCCGAUUUCGCGGAGAAGCUUGUGCUGAAGUUUGACAAGGAGACGCAGGCCAUGUACCGUGCAGGAAUAUCGAAGCUAACUGCCCACGAUGCAACAGCAGACGCUGACGACGUGGAAGCAUCGGAAGAUGCUGACGGUUUCAGCGCAGCCAAGGAGGAACCAGAACCAGAGCCCGGACCAGAGUCCACGUUAGCACAAGAUGUGCGGGAAGCGUACGUGCGUGACUUUGCAGCAGCCAAGGAGAGCCGGACUUGCUUUCUGAGCAGCAGCGCUGCCGUACUUUCAGCCUGGCGGGAAGCAGACCUGAAGCGUGCCCCCGAGUUCAACUGCCUACCCGACGCUAAGGCUGGGUGGGACCUCCACCUCCAGCGAGACGGCCAGCAUGUUCUCUGGUGGCACCAGUCGCUCCUGCAGCUGUUCGACCUUGUGUCAUUCAGGAGCAGGCACCUGAGUGCGGACGCGUUCUGCUCUGCGCUCCUUGACACCUGGGAGCAAAAUGGCAUCCACCGUCCAGUUUCCAUUUCGGCAACCACGCUUCGUAAACGCCUUCGGCAAGCACUCCUCCUGUACAUGGACUGCCAGGGUGUCGUGGAUGACUACCUGGAGGGCGCACUUAGCACCUGGCCCCGUGGAGCUCUGAAUGGAUGCCCUUGUUGUGGGGACACUCUCAGGUGCAGCAGUGCAGUGAACGGUGCGGCCGCAGCCGCCCCAGCCCCUGUUACCGGUGCCGCAUCGCCGGGGGUCGUGGAAGAAGCAGCAGCAGUGGAGGGGCCGGAUCCUGGACUGGAGCACACAGAGGUGGCGGCAGGCAGCCCUGCCGCCACUGAGGGCAAUCCCGUCCCCCCAGUCCCCCCCGAAGCCGCAGGGCCCGGCCCCACGAGCUUGCACUCGGUACAUUUCGAUGCCUGCUUUAAGCUAAAUCUGCUGUCCCAUAAGGGCUACGUUUCUGGCUACACACAGCUAGGACAGCGCCGUUACUUCUUGCCCAACGCAUCGAUACAGCAGGUGCCUUUGGACGGUCAUGCGUCACAGCAGAUUGGUGUAACGCACUGCUCGAACUUCGAUGCUGACAAGGUCCUGGCGGCGGAAUCAAGGAAGAACCUCAUCACGGCUGUCGGUGUCGCGUUAUGCCGGCAUGGGAUGCUCCUGCGGCUCAUGAACCUCUUCAGUGGGGAGCGGCACGCAUACUCCACUGCUGCAGCGCUGUCCUUCCUUGCAGCUCGCACCGCUGUACAGUACUGGUGGUACGAUAUCGCGUGCAGAUGGGACAAGUCAUACGCCAAGUGGCUGGAACGCCAGUCGCCGGACCUGCAGCGGCUGGGCAGAGGCAUGCGCCCACUCAUUCCUCCCUGGCACCGAUAUGCUCACAGUUACACAUGCCAGAAAGCGUUUGGGCACCUCGGGGUGCACGGCGUGGGACAGGGGACAGGCGAGCCAGCGCACUUGGAGCGCGUGGCGCGGCUGUACUGCAGGGAUGUCGUAAGGGAUUUACCGGCAAGGUUGUGGCGAAUGCAUACCCGGGCUGAAGCUGCCCUGGACAGUGCCAGACACCGCAUCCGUGUCCUUGGGGCCGCGUUGGAGCAGAAGGGCGGUGAUGCAGCUGUGGUACAGCAGUCCCUCCAGCAGCAGCCUUGGCAGCUGGAAGCAGCUGACGUGGUGCCUGCCAGCCCAGCGGCUGAGUAUGCUCGCUGCCGAUUCGCUCUUCAGAAGCUGCAGCGGGAGGACACCCUCGAUGCCAGUUCUGAUGCGGUGCGGCUUGGGUUGCUCUUCCCUGGUGCUGACUCUGUGCCGGUUAGGCAGCGCCCAGCCCUUAUCCGUACAAUAAAAACCCGGGCUACCGAUCUUGAGAAGGCUCAUGCCUAUGACCCCGCUGCUUGGGGACCUGAGUCUGAGCUUAUGAGUGCGGCGCUGGGGAGCCUGGCAAAAGGAGAGCUGCGGAAGCUUUUUGCGGAGGCGGAGGAUGCCGUAGCCGACAUGCAUGCCCUGGAGCACGUGGUAUGGCGACUCAGCGGGCGGCGGCAUCAGCAGCAGCUGGCCAUUAAGGAGAAAAGGCGCGCUAGGCAACGGUUUGUGCAGCUUUGGGAGCAGCUUACUAGCUGGAGUGCUGUACCUGGAGCGGUGACACCGGAGCUUGGGCAGGCAUUGGCCAUGAAGGGAGCACUAGGCCAGGCGCUAAAUGCACAGCGGUAUCCCUGGGCUGCACAGUCAAAUCAUGGGGUGCCACGAUUGGAGGCAAGCUUGCGCCGGGUGCUGCAGGAGGAAGCGCGGUGCAAGGAGAAGUUGGCGUUGAUUUAG